CCACCGGCACUUUACUAGCACCCGCUUUAAGAGCUCGCAGCAACAGACAAGCAAGCAAGCAAGCAAGCAAACAAACAACAGGACAGCAUGUUUCCAGAGACGGAGUGCGGAAUCUGCUACCGAACUUACAACCUCGGUCGGCGGUGUCCUCGACAGCUGGGCUGCAAACACACGUUCUGCGAGAACUGCUUGGUGACGCUCUGGAGGUCCGCGGAGAGCCCCGAGCCCCGGAUAGUGUGUCCGCUGUGCCGUCACUCCACGCCGAUGUCGGAGGCGAGAAUCCAAGAGACCCUGCCGGUGGACGAGGACAUUUUCGAGCGGGUCGUAUCCGCGGGCUGCGCGGAGGAAUGCGCGGAGGACGACGAAGACGCCGAGGAGCCCGAAGGGGACGCGGCCGUCACACCGAAAGAAGACGUUGCGCCCCCUCCAAGAUCGCGCAAAAGACGCCUGAUGAAAUGCUUCAGCCGCCUGGGGCCGUUAUUCACCGGGAACGUACGGAGAAAUUGUAUGACCGAUGAUGACCUGAGGGACCUGGCAAUGAUGUCCUGCUACAUGAUGUGAAGACCGGAUUGAGUCGAGUGUCGCUGAACGCCGAAAGCUGUAACCACACACGUGAUUUUAAGGGAGCAGGUGUAAUCAUUUCCGAAUCAUUUAUUGAAACGCUGGUUUGCUGCCGAACUGAACAUUUGGGUGGACGUGUCUCUUCUGGUAUUUGAGGGAGUCACUGCCUUGCCUCGAGGUUAGGGAUGGAAACCUACAGAUGAGAUGAUUUUGUGCUGAAGCUGUGGAAUGCCAGCGCAUGAGAAGCAGAAGAGGACUGUUUGCUGCUGGGCGUGACUGGUUGUCAUAACAUGUGUAGGGUGUAGGGCUGUUCCAGAGAAACCUAUAAACAAAACAGCAACAAAAACAUGUUUUGUUUUUUUUUUAAAGAACCACACUACCAUUUUUGGUGCUGUUUGUUUUGUUACAAAAAUCAUGGAGACCAUACUCAACCUGUUUCUCAUUUUAAAUCAAUGUAACUUAAUGAUUUAGAAGAAUUUCCAUGAAAUAUUACUUGUAUUUAUUGUCUAUUAAGUUUAAUUAUAAGGAGUUUUUUAGUUACAUUUGUAUCAAAUGAGAGAGAAAAUUGUAUUUUCAUGAUUACAAAUUAAAUGCAUUUGUAUUGAUGUUGUUUUUUUAAGAAAAUAUAGAAUGACUGUAUACUGCUAUGUUUGUACCAAAUAAAUUUUUUUAUAAUUUUUA